AUUCCUCCGACACGUCACAUGAUCAGGCAGGUCUGAUAAAUAUCAGCAGGCUGUUCACACAGACACAGCAAACCUCAGCAGAGCUACACACACGUUACCAACAGCAGGAUCACAGGCAGCCUUAUCAACCCUGAAACAGGUGGUCUGUUGAAUGCCUUCACUCUGCUCCCAGUCUGCACUCCACCUCACUACACCCUCAGACACCAUGGUCGUACACGAGGAGAAGGAGUGUGUGGUGUGCUUCAAUGAGUACUCUCGCAGCGGCCGGGUCCCUCGGGUGCUGCACUGCGGACACACCUUCUGUGCACCCUGCCUGGAGCAGCUGUCCCAGCUGAAGGGGUUCCUCUGCUGCGUCUCCUGCCCCCUGUGCCGCUGGAUCACCUGCACCAGGGCCAGCCUGACGCUGCCCGGGGCCCUGUGGGUCAACACGGAGAUCUGGGACAAGAUAGUGGAGGACAAGGUGGAGGAGAGGGUGAUACCAUCAGCCCUGAUGGAGGAUUUAAGCUACACUGAGACACAACUCAUCCAGUCAUCACUGCCUGUUUCAAAACAGUCUGGUGGCAAGACCUUACUCCAGAGGAUGUGUGGAUGUGUGACGCAGCAGCCAGACAUGGACGCGUGUUGACAGUUUAACAGCAGAAGAAGAAAUGACAGAGGCAUCUCCGUUCCCCUUUUCGUUCUAACUGAAGGGCCCAUGGCUGUAUGGAAAGGAACCUGAUUAAUGUUACUGAUGACAUCAGAGGCCGGCCUGAGGAGCGAAGGACCUGAUGAAGUAUUUAUAAUUAGAUUCUAAACUCAAACCAAACAUUUAAUUCGUUUUAUUUGGUUGGCAUUUGAUUAUGGUCAAGAAAAUGUGUUUCAUCAUAUUCUUGAAAAUGUACGAACCAUAAACCCAACUUUACUUUCGUUAUGUCCUACAUACAAUCCUACCUGCAUACAUUUAAAUAUUGCACAAAAGCUGAAGCUGUGAAAACUGAAACCUAAUUUAAUCAAUUUAAAUAUGUAUUUUAUUUGUAUUUUAUUUGGUUUGUUUUUUAUGUUGAUCUGAUUAUUUUGUAUGUUCUUUGCACUACACAUCACAUUUACAUUGCUUUGUUAAAAUGGUAAAUCUGUGUAGUUUAGGUUUAUUUGCAAGUUUUGGUCUGUCAUAUAUCUUUAUUUUUCAAAGUGUUUCUGUUUGGGAGAUGAAUAAUAAUGUUAUAGUUGCUUAUUGUUAUUUUAUUUUAUGAUGUUAAUACUUUCUUCCACCUUUAAACAUUUUAAUAUUUUAAUGCCUGUACACUUGCUUGUUGCUGCUGCAACACAUAUUUUCCCAAUUUGGGGUCAAUAAAGUAUCUCUCUUAAAAGUA